AUGCCUGCGCCAAACAUGCAAAGGAUCCUUCCGGCGGGCCGGGGCUUUGCCGCCGUGCAUGUCGUUGAAUGGAACACCGUCUACCAGAUACGUGCGCAUAUCCGACAUAAGGCCGGAGACCAGAAAGUGGAGGGUGGACCCUCUGCGACCGCCGAGGAACUGACCAAAUGCUGGCUUGCUACGCUGAAGGCGCAGCACUCGGAGGAGGCGAUCGCCGAGCGCGAUGAGGAGUUUGUUCGAAUACGUGUCAAGCAGACUAUGAGAGAGGUUGAUCCGCAAGGACUUGGCCGAGUGGGCAUCGAUACCUGGUGCAACCACAUGCUGCUCACCCGAUCAAGUCCUGCUGCCAUGCGUGCCAUGUUGCAUGUGAAUCGGCUCCUAGAAGCAGCCAUACAACAAUGCCCAAGUAUCCUGGUGGCUCUCCAACACAGCUUCGAGGCGGCGGAGCGUCAGAUUAGGCGCCCGAAACCUUCGAAGACGUGGGAAGAGGAUCCGGAAGGCAUUCCCUUUGAGGGCUUUGACCGUGAGAGCCCUUUGCCCUCGCCGCGCACCUUCCCGUCGCCCAUCGUUCAGACGGCCCCAGAAGUGACGCCUGAGGUGGUGGUGAUGGAUUCUCCGGGCUUUCGACGCAGUCAUGACCACGACGCCUUUCCCAUCGAGGAGAUCCUGAUGAUUUACACCCGGAAGCUGUGGCAUCUACGGCCCAAGUAUACCGGCCCCUCGAAACGUCGCACCGACUUCUCCUACACGUCGCCGGAAUCGUUUGUGAAAGAGACGCUGAAAGCCAUGGAGAUGGACAGUAGUACCUUGGUGUCCUUCGCAGACUUUUUGGCACUCUUCUUGGGACGGCAAGAGUGGCCAGUGCAUCUCCACCUCUAUGAUUUGUCGCGAGGCUUAGCUUCGAUGCUCGGGCCAGUCUUGCUCUCCAAGGAGUUAGAGGGCGUCUGGCACACUGGCAUCGUGGUCUAUGGCAAGGAGUAUUACUUCGGAGGUGACAUCUUCUAUGACACGCCCGCGAACACGGGCUUUGGAACCCCGAGGGUGGUGAUCCCUUUGGGCACCACCUUACGCCAGCGAGACGAGCUACACGCGUUCAUUGUUGAUGAGUUGAAGCCUGUUUUCAACCGCGAGGCCUAUGAUGCGGCGCGGAACAACUGCAAUCACUUUACGGAUCGCGUGAGCUUGCAUCUGGCCUGCUGCCUCAGUUCGCUGAGAGCGGGUGUGCCGGGUGGUCACGCACGGACCACGGUGCCGGUCACGCACGGUGCCGCGAUGCGGUUCCGCGUUUGUGGGCUGACCUUAAAUGAGCUCUUUGCAUAUCGGGUGCCGCUCCAGGCGGUGGUCAAGGACUGUCGCCUGGGGAUGCUGAACUAUGCGCUGAUGAUCGGGAUUUUCGUUUAUGCCACGUGGAGCCCGAUGGAGCAGUUUUGGGGUCUUCUAUCGUAUCCAGAACAGGUCAUGGGCUUCCAGAUCAUUUAUCAAUGCAGAUACUUGGUGAAGCCUGAUAUCGAGCUCUCCAUGAGGACGACUUUAAGAGCUCCACACCAGGCCACGCCCUUCGAGGAGCUCCCCUACUGCUGCAUUCAAACAAGCGUGAGCUCAACCUGUGGCCCAGAGCAGCUGGCAUGCCGGCGCUACAAGGGACAGUCUGUGCUUCAUUCCAGCGAGGAAGCCUUGACGGUGGUGACCCGUAGGCGCAUCAGAUCCGAAGUCAUGGACCAAGACGAGUUUGUGGCGGACCUCGAGAGUUUCACCUUGCUCUUGGAGCCCACGGUCUUCAGUAUCGCCAAAGAGCCGGUACAUGAGACCCAGGUGAUGCCGGGGAACGCCAUGCGUGGCCAUCUCGAGGUGGGAUCGAUGGGCGAAGCGAACGAUCUCCAACAUGAGCUUUGUCGAGAAAGAUCUCUCCAAGGCGAAGCCUUGGACACUCCAUCCAAUCUCGCGGGAAGAGUCACGGACCAUGCGCCCUGCUACAUCAAGGCUGAUUUGAUGCACAACGGCAAUGAGAUCUUCAAGAUCUCCACGCUGCUCCGUGCCAUGGGCCUAAGCCUGGAGACUCAUCGGGCGGCACACAAUGAGACCAUUCGUCAUCGGGGCCUUGUGGUGAUGCUGCUCAUGGACAUUCAUAGCUAUGAGUACGGCCACGGCCUUUUGAAGGAGCCAUUCUUCGUUCUGAAGCCAAUUCCAGCCAACAGGUCGGAGUUUGGCAAGGAAAGAGUGCUUCCUGGUAACACUGGGGCGGACACAGAGAUCAUCAUUGAUGACUAUGGACUUCAUUUUCUGGUCCAGCCCGGAGGCACCCUUGCACACUUCAGCUUCAACCAGUUCUUGGAGGAGGUGACGACGAGUCUUGCAUUGCUGGCAGCCAGCGGCAUCGUGGUGAAGUUCCUGGCAGUCUAUCUUUUCCCUCUGGGUGGGGUCUAUGAUGAGGCCAUGACCAAAACCAGCCCCUGACCUGCUUAAAUGAACUGUGAGCUUUUGCAAUUGAUAAUCCCCAUUGAAUAUUCCGUUCCUGAAAAGGAACUUCUUUCAAGGGGCAAUCCUACUCCCAGUUACAGUUUGGUAUGAGGAUGUAUCUGGUAUCAUUAAUGACGACUUUUGGGGGUAUCCACUCGUCUAAAAAGCAUCCAUUGAGCACUCCCUCACUUGCAGAGGCAGUAUGAUGUUCCCAGACAUUGGUAGCUGUCUUUGGUUGACUCCGGGCCUCCCAAGUACUGCAUGUGUUACGAUGAAAAAAACGCACAGACUUCAAAGGACCAACGUCCAACGCCGAGCUCGCUUCGGCGAAAGGAAAGGUGAAGCCGGAAGCCGAGGCCCAGACAUUCAUCGUGUGGAGAAGCUGAUGCAGAUGAGUCAAGAAGAGCUGCAGCAACAGCAUCAGUCGAUCUUUCCCCAUCGUCGCUGCGACACCAGUGAGAAGCUGGUCCUGCGCUUGAGCCAUAUACAAGCAACCUCCAGCGACAGUGAAUCGAACUGAAGUGUCUUUCAGCGCUGCCAGGCAGCCAGUUCGGUGUGCACUGGACUCGAUGCCUUUGGUUUUCGGAUGACCCACUGUUCUAGUCGGAUGACCGACUGUUUCACCCUCCUAAGGUUGGCAAAGACAUUGCUUGAAUUAUUAGACAAACAGAAUGCUGCAUGACAUGCUGUUUUGUGCGCGAGCGAGGAGUAAACUCUCACGGUGCAACAGGUCUGUGACUGAACUUGACUGUGCUCGGUUUGGCUGCAGCUGUGACUGAGGAGGCCUACAAAGCUUCAAUAACAGUCUUCCUGCAAAGAGCC